AUCGUGUCGUGCGUCUUCUAUGUUUUUAUAAUAAUUACAAUAAUAAAUUAUUGGAAUAUAUAAUAAGUCUUUACAAAAAUAUAUUUAUUCAAAUAAUAGUUUAAAUACUGUGGUGAGUGAAUACAAAGUGAAUUAUUAGUUUUUAAAAUAUAUGAGUUUGGUUUAUUUUAAAAUAAAAUUGUUGGCAACAAAAAAUGACGGAAAUUCGAUUUAUAAAAAAUCGAGUAUAGUGUAAGAGAAAGAAAAUAAGCUGUGAGUGGACGCCAAGUGAGUGAGAUAGAUAGACAUGUGUCGGUGGAUGAAUUACUACCAUUUGCUUAAUAGCUAAUAGACUAAAAAUUAAUUUAAUGCCUAUGUGAUCUCUCCACAAUGGCUGUGUCUUUAUACAAAGUUUCGUAUCUUACCCUUAUUGGAUUACUAGGUUUAUCGUGUGUUGUUGGCCAUGAUAUUAAAGGUUCAACGCAAUGUGAAUAUUAUAAUGAUACAUUAUGUGAAGAUCCAUCUAAAAAAUGUCCAGAAAUAGAAAAAUGUUCGCCACCUGAACCAGACAAAAGAAAUCACUGUUAUGUGCUGUGGCAAAUUGAUGAAGUUACUAAAAAAUCUAUUGUUAAACUAAAGGGUUGUUUCUUAGACAGUAGAGAGUGUUAUGAUAAACAAUGUUGCAUAGAAAAAAGUAGCGACCGUAAAGGAAAAAUGUACUUUUGUUGUUGUGAUGGUGAUAUGUGCAAUCAAAAUUACACAUGGGAUCCUCAACCAACUGAACCACCUUCUAAAGAUCACGAAUUUAAACCAGUACCAAAUCCAGAACAACAUGUAAUUACACUUAUUGUAUCUGUAUUGGUGCCAAUGUUACUCUUAACAAUUAUUUUGUCAUCAUUGUUUUGGUGUUACAAACAACGAAAACUUGGCUAUUUCAAUGAGGUUCCAACAUUAGAACCUCUUCCAUUGCCUCAUCCGUCACCGAAUUUGGGUUUGCGGCCAAUUCAUUUAGUGGAAAUAAAAGCCCGUGGACGUUUUGGCGCUGUAUGGAAAGCCCAAUAUAAAAAUGAUAUUGUUGCUGUUAAAGUAUUUCCAAUGCAAGACAAACAGUCAUGGCAAACAGAACAAGAAAUAUUUAAAUUAGCUCACAUGAAUCAUGAAGAUAUAUUACGAUUUAUUGGAGUGGAAAAACGUGGUGACAAUUUACAAGCUGAAUUCUGGUUGAUAACAGCUUAUCAUGAAAAAGGAUCAUUGUGUGAUUAUUUAAAAGCAAAUGUCGUAACAUGGGCUGAAAUGUGUCGUAUUGCUGAGUCAAUGGCACGCGGUUUGAUGCAUUUGCAUGAAGAAAUUCCAGCAAAUAAAGCGGAUGGUUAUAAACCCGCAGUAGCACACCGUGAUUUUAAAUCUAAAAAUGUUCUUCUUAAAUCCGAUAUGAGCGCAUGCAUUGCGGACUUUGGACUUGCGUUAAUAUUUCAACCUGGAAAACCUUGUGGCGACACUCAUGGACAAGUUGGUACUCGACGAUAUAUGGCGCCAGAAGUAUUAGAGGGUGCGAUAAAUUUUACACGAGACUCAUUUUUACGCAUUGACAUGUACGCUUGUGGUCUAGUACUCUGGGAGCUGGCGUCACGAUGUACUGUACAAGAUGGACCUAUCGGGGAUUAUAGAUUACCUUUUGAAGAAGAAGUUGGUCUUCAUCCGACUCUCGAAGAUAUGCAAGAAAGUGUUGUGCUUAAAAAAGAACGUCCAUUUAUACAGGAAACAUGGCGAAAACAUCCGGGUCUUUUAUCUAUUUGUGAUACAAUGGAAGAAUGUUGGGAUCACGAUGCUGAGGCACGACUAUCAGCGUCUUGUGUCAUGGAGAGAAUAACAAUUUUGAGUAGAAGUCUUGUUAUAAAUUCGUCGACUUUAAUACGCGUCGAUAAUACCAACGAUUCUAUCAUCACCAAGGAAUCUAAUCGGCACUUGCAUGUGUGAACCACACGAGGGCCACGGAUACUUUAUUAAUUGUACAGUUCAUCGAUCAAGAGUUAAAAGGAUUUAAAUAUUAAGGAUAAUUAUUAAGAGAAUAUUAAUAAUAAUAAUAAUAAUAAUAAUAAUAAUAAUAAUAAUAAUAAUAAUAAUAAUAAUAAUAAAUAAUUUGAUCAAUUAAAUUAAAUUUAAAAAAUAAACUUUUAAUUUUAAACUAAAUAUUAAACAUCAAUCAUUUAAUAGUAAAAAAAAACUAGCACAGAACGUGUCUCCCCAGUAUCGUUAAUUUUUAUUUUAUUAUUAAUUAUGUUAACUUAAUAUCAAAAUAUUUUAUAUGAGAAUUUAUAUUUUAUAAAGGAUAAAUAAUUUUAUUUUUAUUAAAUUUAAGAUACUGGGUUAUGACAGUGCCAAAUAUUACUACAUAAAUGUAUUUAUAAUUUAACAAAAAAAAAAAAUACAUUUUUGCCAUCUAAUUAUAUAAUUAUUAAGAUAUUAAGGUAUAGAAUUUUUCUAGAUCUGAUAUUCUAUAUCUUAUUCGACACAUAAGAGCAAAUAUUCGAAUAAUUUAUCGAUAAAUUCAUAAUUUAAAGAUCAUUGCUAAUAUUUAUUAUCAAUUUAAGUCACUUGACAUAUCGAACAGUGAAUUAGAUUAGCAUCAUAAUUGCCAGUGGUUAACAUUCGGCAAAAUUUUUCCUUUUUUAAACUUACGGUAUAUUGUAAAUAUUAAAAAACAUAAAAAAGAACACCCUGUUCAUGAGUUUGUUUUUAAAUAACUGGUUAAGAAUCUAUACAAUGUCUUAUUUGUUCUUAUAACUAUAUGUAUAUAUAUAUAUGUACGACAUCUUGUUUCAUUUAAUUUUUUUCCUCAUUUAAAUGACAUAAUCAAGUGCAAGAUUUAUUUAUUUUUAACUUUUUUUUCCUUCAAUGCUUCUCAAGUUAAACAACGAGGCUUUUGUAAAAGACUUUUUCACAGAACCCGUCACUUUUUUUUUAAACACAUUCGAGAUUAGUAUAUAUAUAUAUAUAUAUAUAUAUAUAUAUAUAUAUAUACAUAUAUAUUGUGGUGGCAGAGACUGAAUGGAUAUAAUUAAUAAUAUAUGUUCUUGCUACUGAAUUAUUAACGUUACUUCUUAAAUUGUCGUUACACUGUAUAUAUACAAUAAAACUUGUCCGUAAUUUUUCAUAACAUUAAAUCAUGAAACGAAAGUUGGCCGACAUCUGAUAAUUUUUGGAUUUUUUUCAAACAAUAAAUCAUUAAAAUCAAAAUAUUUUUUAAAAUUGCACUUAUAGUUUUUUAAAUUUUCUACAUGUGCAUUAGGGUGUUUCAAAAAAAAAAAAACAAUUUUUUUUUUUUUUAUUGUAUCCAAGAAUUGAAUGUAUACCUGAAAAUAAAAAUUUUGGUACCAAUCCGAACUCUUAAUAAUAAUAUUAAGGUUUGCCUUAAUCCAUUUUUCUAUUUUCCAUUUAAAUAACACGGGAAAAAAAUUUUUUUUUUUUAGAAUUUUCCAGCUCAUAAACCAAUCAACGGAUUUUUAUGCAUAACAAAUGUUUUUGUAGGAAAUUUAACGCUCUACAAAAAAAGUCUCUUGUCAUUUUUUGAUAAAUCCCACUGUUCAAAAGUUAUUGAAGCUUCAAGUCAAAUUUAUAGUAAAUUUUGAGAUUUAUUUACUUUUCCGGCGAAACUAUCAGUCUUAUCAAAAAAUAUCAUAGAAACUUUUUUGUAGAUAAUUUUAUUUCUCACAAAUUAUUACAAAUAAAAUUUUUCGAAAUUCUGCGUUGUUUUCAAGUUAUGUCCAUUUUAAUUUCAAGCUCUUAAAAAAAUAGAUUUCUGAUUAAUUUUAAGAGCUUGACAUUGAAAUAAUAAUAAAUUGAAAACAAUGCGGAAUUUCGAAAAAUUUUAUUUGUAAUAAUUUGUAAGAAAUAAAAUUACCUACAAAAAAGCAUCUCUGACAUUUUGUAAUAAGACUGAUAGUUUCGCCGGAAAAGUGAAAAGAUCUCAAAAUUUACUAUAAAUUUGACUUGAAACUUAAAUAACUUUUGAACAGUGGGAUUUAUCAAAAAAUGAUAAGAGACUUUUUUUGUAGAGCGUUCAAUUUCCUACACAAAGUUUCAUUGCGCAUAAAAAUCCGUUGAGUGGUCUGUAAGCUAGAAAAUUCUAAAGAAAAAAAAAAUUUUUUCCUAUGUUAUUUAAAUGGAAAAUAGAUAAAUAGAUUAAGGCAAACCUUAAUAUUAUUAUUAAGAGCUCGGAUUGGCACCAAAAUUUUGAUUUUCAGGCAUAUUUUCAAUUUUUGAAUACCAAAAAAAAAUUUUUUUUUUCUGAAACACCCUAAUGUGCAUAUUUUUGGUUUUAUUUUUUUUGUAAUUCUCCGGUAAAAAAAAAUCCGAAAAUUUCCGAUUGUCUGUUAACUUCCGUAUCAUCAAAUCAUGAAACGGAUGUUGGCUGACAUUUGAUAAUUUUUGGAUUUUUUUUAAACAACAAGUCAUUUAAAUAAAAAUAUUUGAAAAAAUUGCACCUAUCGUUUUUUAAAUUUUCUACAUGUGCAUAUUUUUUAUUUUUUUUAGUAAUUCUUCGGUAAAAAAAAUCCGAAAAUUUCCGAUUGUCCGCUAAGUUCUGGAUCAUCAUUAAAUCAUCAGUGAUAAUGAUAAUAUUUAAAACACAAAAAAAAAGCCCGCUUUUUUCGUAUCGUUGAUCUAUUAGCUAUGUAAGUGUUCAUUAUAUAUGUAUCAUAUUUAUAAUUAAAAAUAAAUCAUUGAUCAGUUACUAAUCGCGUAAAUAUUUUAAUAAUAAUUUAUACAUUAGCUCAUUAAUUAUUAAUUAAUAUAAAUACUCCUAGGAGAUUUAAGACUACUGCAAUAGCUUAUUAUUUAUCACUUAUAGUUAUUAGUAUGUUAGUAAUAAAAUGUUUCUACCAAAUGUUUUUAUGGUAAAUAAGUUAAAUUUAAAAAUUAUAAACGAUUGUAAUCUAAGUGGCUGUUCAAUCGUUAAUUACUCGUUAUUAGUAAUUUGUUACACAAAAGCUGUAUGGAAAAGUGAUUUAAAAAUUUAUUAAUUUAUGUUCUCUCUCAAUUUUAAUAUGUAGAAAAAAAGUAC